CUCACCCAGGAAAUCUGGUUUCAAGCUUUAGCAAUACAACUUCUGCAUCAAAAUGUCUAUGACAGUUGAAGAUUGCACAAAGGUUCGGCCGGGAUUCCCGCGUCCGAUCCCCAAUACUCCGCAUAAUGUUAUUGAGCAGUUCCAGAUGAAGGACAAGGUCGUCGUCGUGACGGGAGCCUCUGAUGGAAUUGGCCUUGCCGUGGUAGAGGCCAUGGUAGAAGCAGGUGCAAAUGUCGCAAUGUGGUAUAAUUCGAACGACGCAGCAGUUGAGAAAGCCAAGAGCUUCAGCGAUACUUAUAAGAUCAAAGCCGUUACUUAUCAAGUCGAUGUAUCCCAAGCUGACCAAGUGAGCUCAACCAUCGGUAGGGUCGUCAAAGAUUUCGGCAAGAUCGACGUCUUUGUUGCAAACGCAGGCAUGGCAAUCUCAAAGCCUAUUCUAGAGCAAACACUAGAUGAGUAUCGUAAACAGAUGUCUGUAAAUGUGGACGGCGUGGUGUUUUGCUCCAAAUACGUUGGCGAGGUCUUCAAAAGCCAAGGUUUUGGCAACCUAAUCAUCACGUCUAGCAUGAGCGCCCAUAUCGUCAAUGUGCCUGUGGACCAGCCAGUGUAUAACGCGACCAAAUCUUUCGUAACACACUUCGGAAAGUCUCUCGCUCGUGAAUGGCAAGAGUUUGCAAGAGUCAAUAUAGUGUCACCUGGAUUCUUCGAUACAAAAAUGGGCGCGAACCCUCUGGCUAUCAACGAGGCUUAUCGGAUGUCAACGAUGGGUAGGCAAGGUCAUGUCAAGGAGAUCAAGGGCUUAUACUUGUAUCUUGCUAGCGAUGCGUCGACUUAUAUGACAGGAAGCGAUCUCCUCAUUGAUGGAGGUUACGUUCUUCCGUGACAAAGGUGGCCCCAAAAGGACACACGUUUAGUCAGAUAGCUAUAGCUCUGAAGGUUUUAAGUUGUGAACCUGAAACUAGUUCUGGCGCUACUCACCCCCUACGUGGAUUGGAAGGACAUAAGUGCAGCUUACCUCUCAACGAAUUGUGUUUACUAAAGUACGUUUCCGGCUGAGCAGGUUAACAGCCCUUUGUUGAAUAUUGGCCCAUGCUCAAUACAAGCCAGCAGAGCUAAUUCAAUAAAGAGUCUAACGCCCUUACACCAAUGACAAUAAGUUGGAUACAGUCAUUUCAAUAAAACUAAGUUUAGC